CGGCAGCAGCAAGAGGAGGAGGAGGAGGAGGAAGAAGAGGAGGAGGAGGAGCGGGAGCCGCGGACCGGCGCCUCCCCGCAGCCCCGCCGCUGGGCCCCGCCGGCGCCCCCCAUGCCCGUGUGGUGCUGCCGCUGCUCCCUGGCCGGUCCCGUCAGAAAUUACAGCAGCCCUGAAACUGAAGGACAGCUUUUGAAUUCCUUCGUCCAGUAUUUUGGUGACAGCCUUGGGAGGAAGAUUAAAAGAAUGCCUUUAAUAGAAGAAACUGUUCUGCCUGGGGACUCUCUCCUUACUCUGCCUGUAGUAAUAAUAGGAAAUGGACCUUCAGGAAUUUGUCUUUCGUACCUGCUGUCUGGGUACAGGCCAUAUUUGUCUCCUGAAGCUGUACAUCCAAACCCCAUUCUACAUACAAAACUAGAAGAAGCUCGACAUCUUUCCAUUGUUGAUCAGGAUCUAGAGUACCUGUCUGAAGGCCUCGAAGGACGCUCUUCAAACCCAGUUGCUGUGCUUUUUGAUACACUCCUGCAUCCUGAUGCUGACUUUGGGUAUGACUACCCACCAGUUUUGCACUGGAAGCUAGAGCAACAUAAUUAUAUUCCUCAUAUAGUGCUUGGUAAAGGACCACCUGGUGGGGCUUGGCAUUCCAUGGAAGGCUCUAUGCUAACAAUCAGUUUUGGAGACUGGAUGGAACUUCCUGGGCUCACCUUUAAGGAGUGGGCAGCUAGCAAGCGCAGAAAUAUAAAGAGUGACCGCGUAAUGCCAGAAGAAAUUGCUUGCUAUUAUAAACACUAUGUUAAAGUCAUGGGCCUCCAGAAGAAUUUCAGAGACAAUGUUUAUAUAACAUCAGUAUCCAGGCUUUAUCGAGGAGAGGAUGAUGAAAAUAGAAGUCAACUUAGUGAAGAUAUUUCAACGCAGCAUUUGGAAAUGGAAGAUGGACAGAAAUCACUGAUCAAGCGAAACUGGGAAGUUAGAGGUUAUCAGCGAGCGACGGAUGGUUCUCAUGUGCCCUUCUGCCUCUUUGCUGAGAAUGUGGCUCUUGCCACUGGAAGCUUUGAUUCUCCUGGCCGACUACAAGUUGAAGGAGAAGACUUCCCUUUUGUGCUUCAUUCCAUGUCUGACUUUGGGGCUGCUAUCAGCAAAGGAAAGCUACGUGGGAAAGCAGACCCUGUAUUAAUUGUGGGUGCCGGACUUACAGCAGCUGAUGCAGUACUGUGUGCCUACAACAACAACAUCCCAGUAAUUCACGUGUUUCGUAGAAGAGUUACUGAUACAAGCCUGAUUUUCAAACAGUUACCUAAAAAGCUUUACCCUGAAUACCAUAAGGUCUAUCAUAUGAUGUGUACUCAGUCACACACUGUGGACUCUAAUCUGCAUUCUGCUUACACUAGUUUCCCUGAACACAAUGUACUUUCCUUCAAGCCUGAAAUGAAAUGUGUUCUUCAGAGUGCCUCUGGACUGAAGAAAAUUCUGAAGUUUUCUGUAGCCUUAGUUCUGAUAGGUUCUCACCCAAAUCUUUUCUUUCUGAAGGACCAAGGACAUAGCAUAGGUCAUCACUUAAAUCAGCCCAUCACAUGCAAGGGGAAUCCUAUAGAGAUUGAUCCAUAUACUUAUGAAUGCACUAAAGAAGCAAACCUCUUUGCUUUAGGUCCUCUGGUUGGAGACAAUUUUGUACGGUUUUUAAAAGGAGGUGCACUGGGCAUUGCACGAUGCUUGGCAAUAAGACAAAAGAAGAAACAUGAAUUGAUUGAAAGUGGGGAUGGAGGAGGUGAUGGGGUACCUUAAAUAAGGCUUUAGAAACUUUCACAUACGAAAUUAGACGUAGUCUAACAAAGUACUGACAGCAAAAGUUGUUAGCAGUCAUAUUUCUGUAUACAAGUAACCUGUACUUGUAUUGUUUGGUAAAGGAUGCUAAUACCACUAUACUUCCUUUUCAAAAUACAAAAAUGUGAUCUGCUGUUACAACUGAUCUCUACUCCACUGGAAUUACUUCCAGAGAAACAGAAAAUGAGACUAACUUCUAUUGACCUGCCUGUCAUCUCUUGCUCAGCUUGAAAGAGCAGACUUCCUCUGGGAAAAGCAAUGCAUGCCAGAGUGGGUUUAUCUUGUAGUGUCAAACCUGACAAAAUAUUCUUAUCCUGAAAUUAAGAUAAUUUUUAAAAGCAGAAGACUCCUAGUACAAAGUGAUUCUUGGUCCCAAAGCAGAUUUGGAGCCUUCUGUUUGAAGUGAGGGUUUUAUUUAUUUGCCAUAGUAACGCAGAAAGAAUGAGCACUUAGUAAAAUGGUUUUACUAUAAAAAGGAUUUCUCUAAGCAGAGAAGUAUUGGUCAACAGUUCCAAAUUAUUCAACUUGGAAAUUGGAAUAAAAGAACAGGCAUUCCAGUUUAAUCUUCAGUGCAUGAUUUGACGAUUCAUUCAUGUUUUUUCACACUAUGCCUAGAUUUUGGUGAGUGCAGAAAGACUGACGUGAGAUGUUCCCCUUCAGUGAUGUGUAUGUUCUGAGAAUACUCAUCAACAUAAACAAUAAAGUACUGAUGUAAGUGCUCUUAUUACAGUGUCAAUAUAAUGAAUAGUGUACUACUGAAAAAGAAAUCUAAGUACAUGAGAAAGCUUUUCAAUUUUUUGCCUUUUAGCUCAGGAAGACUGAAUGGGAUCACUUGAGUGAUGAAGGUGGGUGGUAGUUAUUAGUGUCUCCCAUUUGGCCAAGUACUGGUUGUUUUUUCCUCCUAGAUCAGCACAUAACACAAACUAUUUUGCUUUGCAGGUUUUUUUUUUGGUUUUUUUUUUUGAAAUGUCAUGGAAAAGGAUUAUACUUGCAGCCAGCUUAAAGAAAACAAACAUAGUUCAUAUAAAAUACUAGUUUGCUAUAAAAUACAAAGGUUUAACAUGUACCUACCUCUGAAGUUUUGCAUUUCUGCUCCAUAAUGUAAGGCCUGGAUUUUUGUUUACCUAAACAUGUUCUAGGGUUAUUGGCUGUAGCAAGAUAAGCAACAGCCAGUUAGAGAAUUAUCAUCUAGAACUCUCAGUAGAUUAAUUGCUUGGUUUUGAUUCAUUACCACACACUUUAAUUCAGGUCCAUUGUGAUUGAACAGAUGGUACUACAUCUAGUUUUUCAUUUGGUUUUCAUUUUCAUUCUGUGUUGAAGAAUAUCUCAUAGUUUAAGAUACCGUAUGUGCAUGAUUAAAAUCUCCAUGCUAGAACUUGAGCAGAUUUUUAAAGGAAGUAAGUCUUAGGCUUAGACUUUGUGAAACUACUAGUGCUUGCUGGUAUCCCAGCUUAUUUUCCCCAAGUUGUAGAUACCUAUAUGCAACAAAUGCCUGCAUUCUGUGCCAACUGAGUUACUGGGUUCUGUGACUACUGCUGGCUUUUAUGUGUCUGAGUAAGGUAAUCAGACUUGCACAGACUAUAGUUGACAAAGCUGAGUAUGCAAAGAUUAAAAUGACUUUUUUCAGUGGAGGGCAAAAGUCAUUAUGAAAUGAUUCUACUACUGAUUAAUCUUAGUUUAGAGCCAACUGAAUUGCAUAAAUGCAAACAUAAGAAAGGCAGACUUUAUUUUCUGUAUUGCCUACAAGGUUGAAUUUAACCAUACAUUUUCAGUAGUUAAGAUUUUCUUAUACUGAUUUAAGCUGGCUUUAAUUAUGCUAAAUCUUAGGCUUAUUUAUAAAUGAAUUGAAAUUCUAUAAUUAGCCUUCUUUAGCAGAAACUGUAUGUAUAUAUAAAUCUAUCUUAAAACUGUGAUACCUAAUCAUUUCAACUGAGAAUUGGUGUUGCAAGUGAUAAAUACUUGAUUACAGAACUUUAUGGCAGUUAAUAUAUCGGGAAUACAUCUGCACUGUGAUUAAAUUCCUUCAGUUUUUGUAUAAAUAUAUAUUUCUAAAUACGACAUACUGCAGCAUGUUAGAGCAUAUCCCUUUGUCACCUGAAACAAAAUGCCAACAAAACAAGGGAAGCAAAGAACGAAGAGGUCCAAACAGCCAAAUCCCUAGCCUCAGCUGCUGCAGCUGUUCAUGGGCUGUACUCAUGGCAGCAACAAACAACGUGAGCGAUUUUUGUCCAGCCCAUUGUACAGGUAACUUUCCCAGCAGCAUUAUAAUACCUUGAGCUUUAAUUGCUUUCCUCUUUUUGUCAGUCUUCUCAGUACCUCUGAGAUAAAAUAGUAAGACAUGUUAGCUGGGCAGAGCAAUUUUCUCAGUGGUCGAGUUUAUUAGUCUGCCAGUAUAAAAUCACUUUUGACUGAAGCUGUACUAAAAAUCAUCCUGUUUCUUCUAGAAAUUGCUAGUUUUAAAGUUGCAGCUGGACUUUCUGACAUUUGGGUUUCUGACUAUCUGGGAGAUGUUUCCAUUGCUCUCCACUUAGGUAUGGCUGUAAGAAUAAGACGUAAAAAAUAAUUUAACUUGGUUAGGAUAGCUUUACCUUAAGAUAGUUUUACCUAAAGCAUUAUGAUAAUUACUCUAUUUAUUAUGAAUUAGAUGUUGGCACUGGAUAGCUCUUUUGGGGAAAUGUGUUCUCUCAAAUUUCAAAAAGAAUGUGUAUAUAUAUAUAUAUUUGAAUUUCCUUUAUGCUAUAAUAGUUCCCAACAGGGAAACUGUGUGCUUCCUUCAGCUCUUCUUUCAGUGAGAAAGAUAAGCUUUCAUAUACUGUGUGAAUAAGAAGGAUGCUUAUUACUUCAGCGUUAUUACUGAUACACGGGAAGAAUGUAACUUUUAACUAAAGGAAUUUUAUUUGGAUUUACAGAAUUUAUAAAGGUACGUUAACCAUGCUGUGUAUUUUGUAAAAGGCUAGUGUGGGAAAAUAUCUUUUGUAGUUGACUUUGGUUCUUAAUGCUGAAUGCAUCUCCUAACUAAAUUAUUAAGAUUAUUUUAAUUAGUAUCCAGCUGUGUUGGACUGGGGGCUAAGGCCUGUCAUAGUCUAUUUCCCUAACAAUCCAUCUAGGAUGUAGUUGUUUAACAAUGGGCAGCUCCUCAUGGAGGCACCUAACUGUGGUAAGAAAUUGCACAGCUUUUGGCAUCUGGUAGCUGAUCAACUUGUGCUUAAAGCAUUUUCCACAAAAGCAUGGCUUCAUUUUGCCCUGCUGAAUCAGUGCAGGAGUCCUUUCUGCAAGCAGCCCACGGAGUAGGUGACAGCAACGUCAGCCUGUUCUGGCUCUGAAGUAAAUGCAUGGCCUGGAGCUGGCAACCUUGGCUUGCCAAGAAAGAGCAUAGGAGCCAGGUGCAUAGGCUCCAGAAACAGAGCCUAUACAUUGAGUAAGGGACACCAAAGAGCAUCCCACGGCCAUGGGUCCUCAGCAGUGCAGUAGCUUGUCAGGGUACAGCCAUGGCCUGUUGUGUAGGUGCCUCUUUAAUGAUUAAUUCUUAGUGUGAUGGUUGCCUAACGAAAAACAUCAAUUCUGUAGAAGGAGAUGGCUGUAGGUUUUCAUGUAGCUUGAGAAUGAGGAAAAAAGGGUAAGAGCCAGGAAACUGGAAUAUUUAAUUUCUUCCAGCUUUGAACAAGGCCCAGACUUUGAGGAAGGCCUGGCUUGCACAGCCCAUAGAAGGGGAGGAAAGGAAUUUACCUCAUUAAAACCUGUUUUUAGGCAAGCUGCUCUUGAGAGAGAAGAAAAAGGGUGUAAGAUCUAUCAACUUCUGAGUCCUCUCUAAUAACAAGUAAUGACCAGUGAGAAACCAUCAGGAAAGCAGUCAGAACCCGAUCAAUAUUAACUGAAAAAUUAUAGGUGCCAAAGCAAGCCCCUGUAGUACUGAUAGGCUCUUGGUCUCCUCCCAUCCUCUUCUGUCUAGAUAUGCAAGCUGUGACAUCGAGCUGGAGUUGUGCUGGACUUGUUAGUCUAACCUGUUGCCAUAUGCUUUUAAUGGGCUCCUAAGGGAGGUUGUGCUGAAGUGCAACAUGUGGGAAGCCCUAAGCCUUGAUCCGAAAGGUGAUGUGCGAAGAGACGAGUCUUGGUUGCUCUGAUACAAUGCCGUAUUUUCCAUUUGUGAGAAACAAAGCUGGUAUUUUCAUGCAAUAGUGGAGUCUUGGCUUUAAAGCUGCUAGAUCACAGCUGCUUCUGAACUGCAUGAGGUAGCACACAUGUACCUUAAGGGCAGCUGAUCACAUAUGGAUAAUAAAACCCAGUAAUGAUUUCAUUUUGAAAAAGUUAUGGAACAAAAAAUGCUGGAAGAUUUAUACUGUUAGGUUUUAUUUUAGGUCAUAUUUUAGAACAUUCUGGCUAUGAUGGUUUUUAUCAGUGUUUUUUGUUGUUUGGUUGUUUGUUUUUUUGGGUGAGAGCAAGAUGGGAGCACAGUAGUUCAACUGAUAAAGUGUCUUUUGGAUAUCCACUUCUCCCUUUUCUUGCCUGACCCAAAAGAAAAUACAUGCUUUGUUUGAAAUGACCAUAAUACAUUCUAUUUAGUAGAAACAAUUUUUUUUUUUUGACAGAAGGCAAGGCCUUGGUGACAAUUGGGGUGACAAAUUUGAAGUUAGGUGCUGCGUUAUGAAUUCCUGUUUUUCUGAAAGACAACACUGUCUUUUGGGGAAUAUGGUGCACUUCUGGGCUGGUUGAGUUCAGCUAAUUCUCAAAGCUUGAGUUGCACUAGGAAAUGUGGGACCACAGAUCUGGUGUAAGGAACAAGGAUUGGGAUACAAUAUAAUUUAGUAAUUACAGUGAGUCUAAGCACUCUUCUAAAGAUGGCUUUGUCUUUGCAGGCACUAUGGAACAUUUCAGCUCAAGCAAGCUUAUUACCCUGAACUUGACUUCACGUUACACCCAUCUGCAUAUUGGGUGACUUUCCAACAAAGAUUAUUUUGUGCUCAUCGGGCAUAUUAAGCCCAACUCUUACAACCUGGUGACCAUAGUAGAGAGGAGAAAAAAAAAGACUUCAUAUUCUUAGCUCUCCUAUCAUUUUGAAUCAACUUGUUUUGGAGAUCCAUUAUGGAUCCAUAUCAUAAUUUCAUCAAAUUUGCAUUUUUUUCCUCUCUCUCCCCAUUAUGAGAUCAGUAGCAAUGUGCAUACAUCAGCCUGCGUUGUCUACAGUGGAUGCUCCAAACUGAAAUUCAGCUUUGUUCCUGGACACCCUCUGCAGACCUCUAUGCCAGCAUGAAGACAAUGAAAACAUAACACAAAAUAGUAUAGAAUCCCAGCAUUUCAUUAUAUGUAUUUCCAUUUUUUUAAUGGAUAUAUAAGGAAGUUGCCCACAAUCUAAAGCUAGGGACAAGGAGAUGAUUGAUUUGGUAGACUUCUGAAGGUUGCUCUGAGCGGAGGGAAGUGAUUCACUUUUAAUUCUAGGACCAGCUUCUAUGUGAACACUGAGAUGCCCUUUUCCAAUAACUGAUCCCGUUACCUUAUAUCUACUUGGCAAAAUUUGGAAAGUCAGUACUCCAACCUUGCCCAUUGCUGUUGGUUCUGGUAUUCUGGUUGUCGAAUUGCAGUUCUAAAUGCAGAGCUAACCUUUUAUGUUCUCCCACCCUUGUUUUUUUCCUCACACAUGAUGUAUCUGGAGCUUGAGGUACUAAGUAAACAUUUCCAUGUGUUGUGCCUCACUAUUUCUGCUUUUGCUGAAGUAUGUUUGGGUCAUCCCCUUUUUCAGAUGUUCAGCAUAAACAACUUGUAGAGAAUAUCUGCUGUCAGCUUAAAUAUAUUCUCCUUUUGAACUGUGAGCAAAACCUCAGCCUUGAUUAGAUGAUAGCACCUACCAGAGGCAUGCAUGUGAAGCUUGUUUUAUCUUCAUGUGUGAAAACUGAUGACAGAUGAAAGUCUAAAGGAAUAAUACAGGAAGAGUUUCAGCUGAAAGAAGGCAAUUACCGGUCCAGAGAAGUGGGGAACUCUUGGGGGGAGGGAACUGUGGAGAGGCAAAGGCGUUCAGAGUGCUGUUGUGUUCAGAAAGGGGGAAGAGAAGUUCUUGUAUGGAUCUGGUGCUGUAGCUGAUGCUUGAGGGAGAUUACAAUGGUCAAAACUGGGGCAGAAGGAUGCGAGCAGAGUGCUGAAGCAAGUGGCAGGGCAAGUUGCUGGUUGGGGAGACUGGGAAAUGGUUGGCAAAAAUCAGAUUUACCUCACUAGUAUGUGGUCAUGAAAGACUUGUACAAAGAGGAGUGAGGAAUACAGUGGUCGGGCAGCUGAUGCAGGUUUCGCCACGUUUGGAUUAGGUUCGAAGACAGCAGCACAAACAGGGUGCAGUCAGAAGUAGCCAAACACUGGAGUGGCCAAAUGUGGUUGUGGGUAGAUUCAGGAACUUGAAUGGAGCAAGAGAAGGGGAAGUUGUAUGGGAGGGAAAGUGAUGGGGAAGAGACAGUUUAAUCAUCAAGCACAAAAAGCUUUCUUUACAGAACGGAUUGAUGCUAGGAGAUCUGGGUGGGGGUAGAUCUUAUAACUGAUGUACCAGGUGAAGUUGGUGUAGAGGCUUCUACAUGUGGAACGUGGUGAAGGACUGGAGGUCAGCAGACAGGACACUGAAGCUGAUGACAAAUGCUUUUUUAGAUUACAGGAAUUAGUGCAAUGACACAGAAGAGGCCAGCCCUGCCACCCACCCUGCUGCACCAGCCCUAAGAGAAGACUCUAGUUAAAGUGUACAAUGAAAGCUGGGAGGAUUCUCAUUGGUGUGAGAGGUCAAAAAUAGAGCAUAAUCUUCAGCAGUGAGAAGGAAAAUAUAUUGGUAGUCCUGUAAAAGAAAAAAAA